GCACCUCCGGCCAUCUUGCUGCCAUUUUUUGUAAGACGGAGGUGCAGUUCGGAAGAACUGCUGCUGGGGGUGCUGAAGUUGUCCGGGCCACUCGCUCGCGCUUUUGCUAAACAAUGGGAGACUGCAGCGUAGAGAAAGAAAAAGUUGUUUUCUCUCGCGCCAACGUGUCUUUGUCAGAGACACAAGCGCUGGAAGAUGCCUUUAAGCUGUUUAUUCCUUCCUCCAAAGAUUUUGCAGCCAAUUCUCAAGACGAGAUAUGGGAUUUCCUCUGUAGCUUCAGGCACGAAGGCUUCGCCCCUGUGAUUCUCCGAAGCAAAGACGUUUACGGAUAUUCAUCUUGUAGAUCGGUGGUGCCCGACAAAAGUUUAUCAAGUAGAAGAGUAACUGACACUGCCCAGAGCGGCCCCAAAAAGCGCCCACAGGCAGUCCCGAGCGAUAAGAAAAAGAGGAGGAGGAGAAAAGGAGGAUUUUUGGGGGUUAGGAGGAAGCGAAGAAAAACUUCCAACUCACCGGAAGCGCACGCGCCCCCGGUGAAGCGCCCGCACCCCGCUGUUCCAGCCCCGGUUUGGACAGGCUCGGUAGCCAGCCACGACCAAAAGGCACUGAACAGGGUGUGGAGGGCGGCGAGCGACAGGUCAACAGCUGUCCGACAGACUGUCCAAGUCAAAGACGUCUCCUCCAAGAGGAGCGCCGCGGCUGCUCGCAAUAAAGCCGAAAAGCUGCUCAAGCUCAACCUGUCGCCUGUUCUCAAGUUACGACGUUUGAUUUUGCCGAAGUGAGUCUUCGGAUUGUGUACUGAAUGCAAGGACGAAACAUGUUUGCGAUGCUGCUCUGAUUUGUCUACGUUUGAAGCACUUUACCUGAAGUUUACAUGAACUUGAUGGAUGGUCCCGUGUAGUGGAGCCUUUUUUUCCUUUUCUUGCAAUGGAGGGCUUGAGUGGCUGAACAAUAAUGAAAUCCACGAGUGAACUGGGCUGCUUCAGUGUUAACACCUUAUGUACUGUGUAUAUUUUAUUCCCCGACACUCCUCGAAGCUUCCACUGCCGUUUAACCGAUGACCAUCUCACAGCUUGGCCCCCGUAUGUGAGGUCGCCAGUUUGCAAUUGACUUUAUGUGGUGCGGGAUAGUUGACCCACCUUAUCGCCCGACUGGGGCUUCUUCACAGGUUUAUUUAUUUGUGUUUGUACUUGUUAUUUUAACUUGUCAUCUGCCGUUACAUUAUGUAAAAAAAAAUCUAAUAUAUUAAGUUAUACUCCAGACAUGUUUCGGUUUAGUUUGUAUUAAUAUUUCUCAAGUAAAUAUCUAUCAAGAAUUAAAACUAAUAGCUUCGA